AUGGCAGAAACGCACAGCGUGGCGUCCGAGGCCAAUGCGAAUCCGUCAGAGCGAGCCGCUGCCCAGCGAGCCGAGGCCGAACAGGACGAUCCCAAGGGAAAGAAGGCUGUCGGAAAGAAGAGGACCAAGACCGGAUGCAUGACCUGCCGUAAGCGGCGCAUCAAGUGUGAUGAAAACAAGCCGAGGUGCAAAAACUGCAUCAAAUCCAAGCGAGAGUGCAAAGGCUACGACCGGAGUCUGGAUCCGUUGGGGGCACAGCAGAGCCAUUUUGCCACGCCCCUCUACGCCGCCGGCAGUCCAUACCUGAGCAAUCUCAUGGCCUCGCACAACGCCAGGGCGCCUGCUCCGAUCAACCUGCAAGCCAUCGCACCGAAGCCACCGCCGUCCUUCGAUUUCAACCAAUCUACACUGCGACCACUGCAUCCGCAAUACGCAGAACACGGCUCGCAAGACAUCGGCUACGAUCAAACAUCCCCCGAGGUGUAUGCGUCCAUGCGAAACCCGCUGUACGCCACUAGCUUCUCUGCUGCUGCUUCUUCCAUGCAUGACAGCUGCAGCGCGAGACAGCUAUACCAUGACGCUCGUCAGCAGUUCGAUGUAGGGGGCAUCACGCCGAGCUUGAGCUGUAUUCAGUCGACGAGCGCCACGGGAUUGGGCCAGCCCUUGACAGGCAUGUUUCAUUACUGCUCGGGGAGUGAUGCCGACAUCUCAACUGAGGAUGUUUACAUGGCCGAGUCAGAAAACAAGCAGCCAACGUCAGCCUCGGUGCUGGUUUCUGGACCUUUCGUGCCUCCCGCAUCCCAGCCAGAGCAUGUGACGGCAGUCAGAACAUUUUCCACAUUCGCGAAACUCGCUCCCUUUGAAUAUAUGGAGUACGCAUCCAACUCCGAACUGCGGAAUCAAACAACGCAUGCCAUCUUUACGCAUUUCAUCAACAUCACGGGACCUUCCAUGUCGUUGUACGAGAGGGAUUCUAGUCCUUCGCAGGAGCCAGACCAGCGCGGAGGGAAUGCGGAACCGGGCCACAAUUUGUUCAGCUAUACCAUUCCCUCGCUCGCCUUGAAUCAUAAAGGCCUGUUCCACGCCGUCAUGGCCACUGCAAAUCUUCAAAUUGCCAACCUGCAGGAUACGUCCGAGGUGGAGGCCUUGAAGCACGACCAUUGGUCGCUCAACCAAAUUACCAAGAGCGAGAGAUCGCUUCAGAGCGGAACAGACGUCGCCACCUUGGCAGCCUCGCUUUUGCUUGCAUACUUUCGAGUAUGGAUGUCGGAUCAUUCCAAAUGGUACGAUCGUCUUCGCGUCGCCAGAAAGCUCUUCGGCCAAAUCGCCCUGAGGGACAUGUCUCGAGUCUACCUGCGGGCAAAGCGGGAGGCCUCGUUUUCGGCUGGUGUAAAUCACCUCUGCGAGUUUGACUACGACCUUCUGAGUAGCAUCACCGGGACGCGAGUCUGCGCGGAACACUACAAUCUCGAAGAGGGCGAGCCGUCGGACUUGCGAUAUCGCAGCGCGUCCAACACCAACAUCAAGCAGUAUGAUAUUCUUCGAGACCUGUUUUGGUGGUACGCCAAGAUGGACGUAUAUCAGAGCAUUUUGGGAGCAACGAAACUCUGCAUGGGAUAUGAAGCCUGGACGCAGUGUCCGCCGAGGGCUCCCGUGUCCAAAUUCAAUGCCAUAUAUGGUACCUACGACCAUCUUAUUCUCCUGCUUGGCCGUCUCGCAAGCUUUACCCACAGAGACUUUGUUCGAAAGCGGAAAGCAACGACCCAGAGCGCUCCUUGCUCUGACGCAUUCCUGCAUCGAGCUACGGAAUCGAGGCCGACAGAUGGCUACUUUCCAAUGACAUCCAGCCCUCCGAUGGGCCGUUCCCCACCAACGGAUGCAAAUGAUGACCUCGGUGCUCUUCAUACCGAAGAGGCGGCAACACUGGAGUGGGAAAGUAUACGGAAAGCCUUUGCAGCGUUGGGAAAGCGUCUUGACACCACGCACUUCAAGCCUCUCAACGGCGAGUAUGCCGACUCCAAAAAGACGCCAUUUGGGCCAGCGGUACAAUACCGCACGUACUCCAUCGCAGGCAUCUGGAUGAACUACCACAUGGGCCUCAUCAAGCUCUAUCGGAGCCAUCCUAUGAUGCCUCUAGCAGGGAUGCAGGCCACCAGGAUGGCCGCACAGUAUACUGAGCGUCACGCGAUGCGGAUAGGGUCCAUUGCUGCUGGAUUGGCAGAUGACACUCAAAACCCCGACAAUAGCACCACGCACGCCGCGGCAUUGAUCGAAAGCUGCUUUCCUCUAUUUGUGGCAGCGAUGCAGGUCCAAACGAGUGAUCAGCAGUUGUGGAUCCUACGGUGGAUGUAUAACAUUUCGGUGCGAACCGGAUGGCAUUCGGCGAAGGGUAUCACCCUCGGCUGCGAUGCCGGAUUCUCCAAAGCGUACCAGCUUGGCUACGGACCCGAGUACAACCGGCCGGCAUUUCUCGACCAGCCUCCUUCGUCCUCGUGGAUGCUUCCCCGGCGUUUGGACCAUCGGCUCUCGGAGAGUUUUGUCAAGGAGGAGUCGCGUGCUGUCCCGAGAUCGGAGCAGACGAGCCUCGCCUUUGGGCUCUUGGGGGUAGAGGGCGACCUUGACCGCCUUCACCUGGAGGAAGAUGACUGA